UUAGCAAAUGUCAAAUAAUUUAUUUCUCAUAUUUGUUCUCAUUUAUUUGGUGUGCACGAUUGGGUUGUGAUUAUGAAAGUUUUAAGUGUUUUUAUUUAGAUUAGAUAUAUCUGCACUAUAAUGCCUGUUUUGAUUAAAGCUUCAAAAUCAGACCAAACGGACGAAUGUGCUAUCAUAGAACUCCAGGGUGAUUUAAAAUCUCACUCAGAUUCAAGCUUUGAGGACCAAUUCAUAGGAGACUUACAUUAUACAAAGUCUGGAAUUCCCUUGCUGAUCAUUGGACAUCAUUUGCUGUAUGGAAAAGUUGCUAAGAUGGAAAAACCUUUCGCCUUAAUGGAAAAACAGGAGAAGGAUGGAAAAACUUGCUUCGUUGUGAAGGCAAUCAUUAGAAAUAAGAUUAUAUUUAAGACUAGGCCUAAACCUAUUGUAGGAGAGAGUUGUAUGGAAGGAGAUAUGGAAUAAAUAUUUUGAUGCCUUA